UUCCUUUUUUUUUGGUUCAGAAAAGUCAUCGAAAACCGUUCACACCGGAAUCAGCUCUGAGCCAUGGAGAAACCGUACGGAUACGCGAGCGUGGGCAUGAGCAGCGUAGAUCGCGCCGCCGGGAAGGAUAUCGAUCUGGAGAUGGGAGGCGGCGAGGCGACGCUUUACCCGGGGCUAAGCUACGGCGAGAAUCAGCUCCGAUGGGGUUUCAUCCGCAAGGUCUACGGGAUUCUCUCGGCUCAGCUCCUCCUCACCACGCUUAUCUCCGCCGUCGUUGUCCUUAAUCCUCCGGUCAACGAUGUCUUGACCGGAUCUCCAGGCCUUCUUCUCUUCCUCUGCAUCAUCCCCUUCGUCUUGAUCUGGCCUCUGCACGUUUACCACCAGAAGCAUCCUGUUAACCUCAUCCUCCUUUCCCUCUUCACUAUCUCUUUGAGCUUCACCGUUGGUGUCAGUUGUGCUAUGACCGAAGGAAGAAUUGUCCUUGAAGCUUUGAUAUUGACACUGUCCGUGGUUGGAUCUCUAACCGCAUACACUUUCUGGGCUGCAAAGAAGGGAAAAGACUUCAGCUUCCUUGGACCCAUUCUCUUCACCAGCCUCAUCAUUCUUGUAGUGACCAGCUUCAUGCAGAUGUUCUUCCCUCUUGGCCCGACCUCAGUUGCCAUAUAUGGAGGAAUCAGCGCAUUGGUCUUCUGUGGAUACAUAGUCUAUGAUACCGACAACCUUAUCAAGCGUUUCACGUAUGACGAAUACAUCCUCGCAUCAGUGGCUCUCUACUUGGACAUCCUCAAUCUCUUCCUGACAAUAUUGCGUAUUCUGAGGCAAGGUGACAACUGAAAAAGUCCAUAGAUGAUGCUUCAGUGAUGGGAUUUAUAACCAUACACAGAACCCCAACUUUAUAUGAUUUACAGUUGUGAGUGUAUCUGAAAUAUGUUUGGAGAUUUAGUAUAUGAUGAUGUGGUUAAACCUUUGGUGCAACAAGAUCAAGCAAAGUAUAAAUUUCAACUUGGAAUAAAUUUUAGUAUAUGAUGAUA